GCAGAUUGCGAUAAUGAGGAGGACUGAGUGACCCUGGACCGCUGGCCCAGCUGAAACCCGAGUAGCUGUUGAUGCUGAUUGGUGGCGCGCUCAGCUCUUGGUGCUCGAAACAGGAGAAAUGCUACGCUGGCGGCCCGGGAUGAGCGGGAUGGGACCUCUCAAGGUGGUCAUCCUGGAGGAUUUGCUGGGGCCAGAGCGGGCGACCGUUGUAAGAGUUUAAAUUCCCCCACACAGCAAUCCAAUCUCGGAUGUGCUAGGGCCAGCCUUUUCAGUGUCGUCACAGCGCCCAGGCCAGCCCACCCUCGACGACAUGCCUCACGAUCCGGUCAGCGAGAUGAGACGGCCGAAUUGGCAAAUCCUCACGGCCCGGGUGGGGUCCGGAGGAGCGUCGGGGCCCUCUCGGAGCACUCCCGAGUGCGAGAGAGCGCUGGAGCAAACCUCUCGAGAGGGACAAACAACCCCCCCUUGCCAGCCCAGAUAUCACCCGCAUGUCGUUGCAACGCUGGCCACGUUGCUUUCCGGGUUCUAGUGAUGGAUUUGUCGGGAAUCUGGUCACGGUUACUCCGCAGAUGGGUAAGCGAUACCCCGGUGAGUUGUCUCGACAGUUGAAAUGCAUCUUGAAGUUCAAACUGUUGCGAGAACCCUUGACUGGCAGGGCAUGUAGAAGGGUUAAAGGAUUAGGGUCUGUGAGUUCUCAAGAAGAGAAACUUGCCCUCUGGAAAAUGGCCCCCAAAAAAAGAUUAUGCACAAGGAUGGAGCACUGUGGGAUUCACCGUUACACGUCUCCCACUUUCCACUGCAUCGGCGAGUGACCGAUGAGGAAAGUCAGGCUCGCCGGCAAAUGUGCUUGCAUCAAUCGAGCCUGAUUACGUUGUGGGGACACCGCCUUGUAGCGGGGAAGGAGCUAUGGAAUUUAGAACAUCGCACACAUUUUACGGAUAGACGGACAAGAGUAGCUGUUGGUGAGAACCUCGGUCGCAUCUCGCAAGCCCAACUCUUCUCGGCUCACCAGCCACAGCGGCACCUUUCUGCUAACACCUGGCAUGGUACCAUGGAUCCCGUAUCAUUAGCAGGGCUCGCCAUUGGCGUGGCUUCUAUUGGCCUCCAGGUCUACAGCGGAUGUAUUCAGGGGAUCCAACUGGUCAUAACCGCCUUGAACUUCCCGGACGAUGCCAGGUAUCUCAAUCUGAGGCUUCGCAUGGAACAGCAACGUCUAUUUGCCUGGAGUGAAGCAUCUGGCUUGCUCGACCUGGACGCCAAACGAAGGGAUAAAGUCCUCGAAUCCAACACCUUCGUUCUGCAUCGCCAGACAGUGCUUGACUUACUGGUCCAAGUCGAGUGUUUGUUCAAAGAGUUCAGAGAACACCAAGAGAAACGAAAAGGUCUGAGGGCUGUUCCUGACCAAGAUCAGGUCCUCGAGAACCCUGAAAAAGAUGCGGCCGAGGCCAACUUUCCACUGCCCAAGAGACGGCGGGACUUCAUCAAGAAAGCCAUGCGAAGUCUGAAGGAAUCGUCACAUGAAGCUUCCCAGAGGUUGCAAUGGGUUGCCUUUGACAAGGCCGCUUUUGAGCUUCUCCUCUCCAGGUUCUCAACAUUGAAUGAUAACAUGACUGGAAUCCUCGACCAACGCAUGCAAGUCGAGAUUCACCAUACAGUACAAGACACCAACCGUGGUGUCCUGCAGCUGCACCACAAGAUUAGUGAUUUGUCUCGGCUUGUCAUGGCCCUCAACAUCAGGCUUGAAGCCAGCUCAGCCCUCCCUACAGCACAGCUCACCGUGGCGAAGAAACAAGCAAACGCCGACGGGCUCGAACUAAUAUCGCAGCUUGCCAAGUUCAAAGCCUUUAACGAGUCGAUCGAGUCUGCCCACAAAAGGCCAUUGGACGAGGCAACGGCCAACCAACUAGAGCUCGGAAAACCAGGCGAGAAACGCCUCCUUCUCGAUCGUUCCAUGAUCGAGCUUGACCCAGCAGCCGAUGAGUCUGAUCAGCCGAGAUGUGAGGCUGUCCUUGUCAAAGACGGUGUCAAGAAAAAGGUCUGGGUUGAAUGGAAAGAAUAUGACCCGCAAAGACCGGGGGAUUCAUCACCCCCGAAAGCCGUGAUUCUCGAAAGGGUAGCCAAGCUAGCGGCCCUGUUGAACCAUACACCAAAACCAGAGGACUUUAGAACACCUCAUUGCCUCGGUUAUUUUGACAGAGGAAGCUCGAACGGGCAAGAGGACGAAGAUGAGGACAUCUUGAAUAUGCGCCUGGGGUUGGUCUUUGAAAGACCAAUAGACAAUGGCCUUAACCAAUCUUCACCUCCGGUGUCGCUCCAUGAGCUCCUCGAGACAACACGAAAGCCGCCUGUCACAAAGCGGGUCAAGCUGGCUCAUGCCAUCAGUAAAUGCCUGCUUUAUCUCCAUGCUGUCAACUGGCUGCACAAGGGGCUUCGAAGCCACAAUAUCAUUUUCUUCAAAACCACCAGCGGAGACGUCGACUUUGGCAAACCUUACCUGUCAGGAUUCGAUUUCUCCAGGCCAGCCCGGGCGGACGAAAUGACAGAUAUUCCCGGGCCAGGUGACGACAUUGAGUACAACCUCUACAGGCACCCCAACGCACAAUCAACAAACCCGGACGAACGUGAGCGUUUCAAAAAGAGUUUUGAUAUCUACAGUCUCGGCGUCCUCUUGGUUGAGAUUGCCCACUGGGCAACCGUCGACAAAGUCCUCGGCAUCAACCUCAACGUCGCCCGCGGCAGGCCAUCAUUUGCCCUCAAGGUCCGCGAUAGUCUGCUCGCCACCGACCAAAUCGCGGAGUUGGGCGCUUGCAUGGGGGAGCUUUACGAAAGAGCUACCCAGAAAUGUAUCGCCGGGGGUGAACAACUCGGUCUAUCAGAAAAGGACGACGAAACAAAUGACGCGGUGGCGGCUCGCCUGUCAAUGGUCCUCCACGAAAAGGUAGUCAAGAAGCUAGGUGAGAUCCAGGUCUAG